AUGAUUCAGGGUUUUCAUCGCCAGCUAAACACCGCACUGUGGACCACAGAAGACGUAGGAAACUGGGCAGAUAACCUGGCCCUUGCACUCCUCGGCCUCCGCGCAGCUCUGAAGUUGGAUCUGGGCUGUGGCGCAGCUGAAUUGGUUUUCAGCACUACCCUCCGACUGACAGGCGAGAUGGUCAGUCCAAUCUCUCGUGUCACCGACGAGACCUCUGACAAUUUUGUGUACCGUCUGCAGCAAUUCAUGCGCUCGCGUUCCCCGGAUAUACCUCGAACUCCAAUGACUGAGUCUUAUUUCGAAAAAGACUUGGACAAGUGUACUCAUGUGUUCGUCCGGUGUGACCGUGUGCGCCAGCUGCUGGAAUCACCAUGUGAAGGACCGUUCCGCGUGCUCGCGCGCAACACCAAGACCUUCCGGAUUCUUCGCAGUGACAAGGAGGACGUGGUCAGUGUCGAUCGGGUCAAGGCUGCUGUUGCGGAGGAGCCGCCGGACCUGUCACAAGGACAAACAUGUGCUGACCCCCUAACCCCUGUUCCUCCAUCUUCACUAUCCCCUACUCGUUCACCCUGCCCACUGCCUUGCCUUUCACCUCCCUUGCCCUCUACCCCUCCGUCCCGCAUACUUCCUCUGCCUACAUGUCAACAGCAUCGAACUGCAACGCCAUCGUCCACCACAGCACACAGUCAACCCUCUUCGACUGUACCUCCUGCAUACAUAACUCGCAGUGGCCGUCACGUUCAUUUUCCCGAUCGUUUAGUUACCUAUUUUUUCUAG